AUGGUGAACGAAUCGGACAUCGUGGAACUGGAGCUCAAGCGCAAAGGAUUCAACCUGUCUGUCAAGAAGCAGGAGGCGCUGGAGGAAGUCGCUGCUCCCCCAAUGCCAGCCUACACACCCGCUGCCGUGGCGCCUCCAGCCCCAGCAGCCCCUGCCCCUGCAACCCCACCCCCCGCUGCCACCACUGCCGCCCCGGCACCUGCCACACCGCCCCCGGCCACCCCAGGCGCAAACGGCGCAGCGGAGGGCGGCCGGGAGGUGACCUCGCCAAUGGCGGGCACUUUUUACCGAUCGCCAGCGCCCGGCGAGCCCAGCUUUGUCAAGGAGGGAGACAAGGUGCAGGCGGGCCAGACGAUCUGUAUCGUGGAGGCCAUGAAGCUCAUGAAUGAGAUCGAGGCUGACUCAUCGGGGGAGGUGGUGAAGUUCCUGGUGGAGAACGGUGGGGCCGUGAUGUCCGGCACGCCGCUGUUGCUGCUCAAAUGA